AUGGGGAACAGCAGCACUUUGAUGUUGAGAGAUGAAGAAAUUGAGGAAAUUAUGAGUGAAACAGAAUGUGAGUUUGAAUAUUUUUAUCUUUUCAAAACAAAAAAUUGAAUGAAUAUUAUUUUUCAGUCAACAGGAACCAAAUUGUCCGGCUUUACAGCAGAUUUUUAUCACUGGAUAAGAAAGGUAAGAAUUUUUAUAUUCCACCGUUCAGAAAUAUUAAGAAAAUCAAGAGUUUCUGGAAUGUGAAAAAUUUUGAUUUAAAACAUGCCUAACCAAAACAUAUUUUUCCACGUGAACUUUUUAAAUUAAAUUUUUGACGGAAAAAUUUGUCAUUUCAAAACUUCAUUCUCAAAACCAUCUCCUUCCAAAAUGCUCUAAUUUUUGUGAGUCGAAAAAAGCAGGGAAAAUUGUGAAUUCAUUCAAAUUUGCAUCUAUGUGUACUCACUUGUUCCAAAUGAAUAAGUGUAGAAGGGAAAUGAUGCGAAAUAAAAUGGAUCUCGAAGCAUUUUAAUGCAAAACACUGUGUUUUUUCCUAAUAGAAAAAUGCAAUCUCGAGGAGACGCAGACACUCGCUGGUCUCGACACGCACUGUGUCUGCCACACACUAUUUCUCCCCCUUUUUCGGCGAGAGAUUUGUCUGCACACGUUAAAGUCUGCGUCUCCCUCGAAUUGCAAAAAAAUAUACAGUGAAAAUCAUAAUUUGUUUUGCUAGCCAAAAGAUUCAACACAAAAUAGGUAUCUUGUUAAUAUUUUUUUUCAGGCCAAGGAUAUUUGGCUCGUGAUGAUUUUCUGAAUGUUCCGGAAUUGGCUGUAAAUCCAUUGGGAGAUCGAAUUGUUGAUGCGUUUUUCACAUUGGCCAAUGAUAAUGAAGAACAACAAUUGAAUUUCCGACAAUUUGUCAAGAUUUUGGCUCAUUUUCAACCGAUUUCGAGAUCCAAGCGAAAUGUAUUGAAUUCGAGAAAAGACAAAUUGUUGUGUAAGUGCUUUUUGGGAGGCAGUUUUGCAAAUUUUAAGACUUGGAGAAAUAUUGGGCGAGUUGUGAAUUUGUUAAAUUAUUAUCCCUUGGGAUUUACUUUUAAGUGCCAAAAUAAAUAUCAAUUUUAUUUGGCCACUUAUGCUUUCCCUUGUAAGGGAAAUUUUUUUCCCAAAAGUUCCAGACUUGUUGAGAAAAAAGUCCCCAAAGUUUAUUUCACAAUUAGAAAUAUUUCAAAGAUCUUUUUUUCCGAUGAUGUUCAUUUGAAAAUUGAAGGUCUUCUGUAUUUCUAGGUCAUUUCUAGAGUCAGAAUCGUUUACCCAUCAGAAACUUACUCAAUAUCAAGAUUUUUCAUUUUGAGGUUUGAGGGUCUAGACCAGAUCUAAUCUCAAAUUCUGUUUACAUUCUCAAAGAAGCGGUGUUUUUUUCAAGGUAAUGCAAAAAGUACAUGUUUAGUUGAUCGAACAUGAUGAGGAAAAACUGCAAUCGUUUUUACAUGAAUCAGAAACUAAAAAUGUAUAACAAAAAGUGGGAUAUGGCAAUUCAAAAUUUAAACAAAUACAAAAUUAACGGUUAAUUAUAAUAAUAAUACCGGAUUUUUCAAAAAAAAAGUCCAAUAUUGGUUAUUCCGAUAAUUUUUCAAAACAAUUUUUGGUUUGUUUUCCUCAAAUAUUUUAUGGUUUUCAAAUUUUGUUCAUUUCUUAUUUUAUUUUCAAUUCGAAAAUCUAAUUUCCAGUCGCUUUCAAAAUGUACGAUCUCAACAAGAAUGAUUAUAUCACCAGAGAAGAAUUCAAAGUUAUCUUGAACAGUAUGGUUGGAGCAAAUAUCACAUCAGACCAACUCGACAAAAUUGCUGAUCGUACAAUCGAAGAAGCAGAUGCUGACAGAGAUGGUAAAAUAUCAUUUGAUGAAUUUUGCAGAGCCAUGGAAAAAACAGAUAUUGAGGAAAAAAUGUCGAUUCGCUUCCUCAAUUGA